AUGCGCAAGCUGCUUCCCAUCAGGCCCGCUUUCCGUUCCGGCCCGCCUCCAAAGUCCAAACCGCUCCACAUCCGGCCAGCUCUGCGUCCAUUAAGCUUCCGCGGCCCACGGCCCGCGCUUUGUCUCUCCACAUCUGAAUCACAUCAUAGCCCGCAAGAGGCCCGCUUGCGAAGCCCAUCACGACUUCGGACAAAGCGCUCAUCCGGCCAGCUCUGCGUCGAUUAA